ACUGUGAGUAAAUCAGAUGAGUGGCUAAUAGCAAACCUGAACAGGGAGGCGAAAGGAAGAGUCUGUUUGGUUAACACAGCCUGAAAGUAUUGUAACAUUCAGUCCUCCAGUGUUUCAAAGAAGUUAAAGCAGUAAGUGCAGCAGCACCUGUCUGACAAUAAAGAGAGAGGCAGAGGCAGAGGCAGAAGCACAAGCACCUCUAUAAGUGUGAGUCAGUAUUACUUUAACCCGGCAAGUGGAAGGAAGAAGAAAUGUUUACUCUGUAGAUAUGUGUGAGACUUACCUGAAAUGCUGCACUGCCAACUGGAAAUAUUUGUGGACUAUACCUUGGCAUAAUGAAACCAGUCAGUGAUGUGAGAAGAACGUGAAUUACAAAAUUAUUUCCCUUCUAAUUGUUAUAUAUUCUGGUGGCGAGCUUCUUCACUUCAUUGACGGAUUUAAUGAGGAAAAGAGCAAUUGGAUGCAUUAUGUAAACCCAGCACAUUCUGUUCAGGCGCAGAACCUGGCUGCUUGUCAGAAUGGAAUGGACAUCUACUUUUACACUAUUAAACCCAUACCACCUGGCCAGGAAUUGCUAGUGUCGUAUUGCCGGGACUUUGCAGAUAGGUUACACUAUCCUUCCACUGGAGACCUGGUGACAAUGAAUAUCACACAAAGCCACGUUAGUCCAAAGCAGCAAACUAAUGACAAAGAUGAACUUUAUCAGAAAAACGUUCCCAGAAGAGAACACAGUGUGAAGGAAAUCCUGAAAACUGAUUCCAGUAAUCCUAAAGGAAGGGACUUAUUUUAUAGCCACAUUUCUGCACAUAUUCAAGAAAAAGAUUUGGAGGGCUUGAGAAAAAUUUGUAGCCCUGAAAGGCCUUUCUAUCCCCGCAUUGUCUACCCAAUCCGACCGCACAUUCCAGACGAUUAUUUGAAGGCUUCCUUAGUCUAUGGGCUUGAGAGGCCUAGUUACAUUGCCAACUCACCAAUCCUGUCUUCUACCACACCAAGUCCCACAGCGAGAAGUAGUCCAGACCAAAGUUUCAAAAGCUCAAGCCCUCACAGUAGCCCUGUUACAGUUUCACCCUUAGCUUCUAUGACUCAAGAGCACAGAGAACCUUAUCCUUACUUGAAUGGACUCUAUAACUCAGAAGGAUUGGGGGCAUAUUCCAGGUAUGCACACUCGAGCCAUCUCCCACAAACCUUUCCAUAUCCCAGAUUUCUGAUACCACCAUAUGGCAUGAGCAUCAACAAUUUUAAUCUCUUUCCAAGGAUGUAUCCUUUUUACAGCAGCCUACUCAAUGGAGGGAGCAUCUCUAAUCAUAUGCUGAACUCAUCAGGUCUUCCAAGUUCCUUGCCAUCUGAUGGAAACCGCCAACUAUUGCAACCUGACCAUCCAAGCGACUUCCUCAUCCCUGCACAUAACAGUGCCUUCUUCAUCACAGGAGCUGCUGCCAGCAUGAAAGACAAGCCAUGUAGCCCAACUAGUGGGUCACCCACAACAGACACAGCAGCUACUUCAGAACACAUCAUGCAACCCAAACCUACCUCAGCAGUAUUGGCUGCCACCAGCAGUGAAGAAGCCAUGAAUCUUAUCAAGAGCAAGCAAAAUAUGCCUGGAUACAGAACCCUUCCAUACCCACUGAAGAAACAGAAUGGUAAAAUAAAGUAUGAAUGCAAUGUCUGCUCCAAAACCUUUGGUCACAUCUGUAAUCUGAAGGUUCACCUUCGAGUACACAGCGGAGAAAGACCAUUCAAAUAUACUACUUGCAAUAAAGGGUUCACUCAACUGACUCACCUCCAAAAUCACUAUCUGGUACACACAGGAGAAAAGCCCCAUGAGUGUCAGGUCUGCCAUAAAUGAUUUGGCAGCACAAGCAACCUGAAGACCCAUCUGCGGAUCCAUUCUGGAGAGAAGCCUUAUCAGUGCAAGCUUUGCACUGCUAAAUUUACCCAAUUUGUGCACUUGAAACUGCACAAACGACUCCACACCAGAGCGCGCCCACACAAGUGUAUCCAUUGCCAUAAGAGCUAUAUCCACCUUUAUAGGCUCAAGGUCCACCUGAAAGGCAACUGCCCUGUUGUUCAUGCAUCCCACCUUUCUAUAGAGGGCCUCAAUCGCAUAAAGGUCAAGCAAGAAACAGUUGAACCAAUGGACCCUUAAAUGCUGUACGAUGUGCAUGCCUAUGUAUGCGUGUGUGAGAGAGUAUGUGUGUGCGCACUCAUGUGCAUGCUUACAUGUGCAUUUGUAUGUAUGGCAACCAAGUAAUUUUUUAAAAAUUUAUGACUUGGCAAGUCAGGGUGCCUGUAGCAAUUGCUUGUAUAUAGUGUCAAUGCUGCAAAGCAAUCUUGGCUUACAGUAGUUUAACUCCAUUUGAAAGAAGGAACUCCAAAGUUAUAUUCUCAGGGCAUGAAAAGUGGCAAGGAUUGUAUAUUACCUCUUCUACUUCCAAAAAAAGACAAUAUUUUAUCCAUAAUCAUUUUGAAUAUAAAUAUUCAAAUAGAUAUUGUCUUGUGACUAUUGUUUGUAGAAUUUCUUCCUGUAGAUCUGUUUAAAAAAACAAACAGCCUUAGAUUGAACAGGAGGAGCGAAGCACAGGGGGAAAAUGUUACAUUCCUGAUUCAGAAAUGAGGUUUUUGUUUUGCCAAAGGUAAAUCCUAGAAAUUCCUUUAGUUUGUGUUGUGUUACUGAAUGAAGUGGGGAAAAUGUGAAAUUACCCCAAAAUGUAUGCAGCAGUCAAAGACAUAAAGUCAUACUGGUAUAGGGACAGAAAAGAGUGAUGAGAGGGUUUUUCCAUCUACAGUACAUCUCGUGUUUCAGAUGCAUGGGAAAGUAAAAUCCUCUGCCAGAAAUAAUGCAUCACAUAGGUUUUUAAAACAAACAUCUUAUUGUUCAUCAUAAAAUUUAGGGCAAUAGUUUUACAAAAUUACUUAUUUUUCUUCUUCUCACAAACUGUUUGUAUAAGUAUGCAAGGAAUAAUACCCCAAAGAUGCUGCCUGAAAAAGAGAGUAUUGCUGAAAUUUUUUGCCAGUGGAGUUCAAUGGGGAAAUCUGAUUUCUAGGUUUCCUGGGAAAGAUGUGACAGAUUUUUUUUCUUCCCCCCUCCCCUUCCACCUAUCCACUUGGGUGGAAGUUGUUAACAAAGUCCCUUCUUGGCAUACUCUAUUGGGGUUCCCCCCCUUCCCCUGUAUGACUCAAGAUUUCUCUCAGUAUUUGUAUUAGUACGUUUUGUGGUUAAUUUAAUUAAAGAUGAAAAGGGCACUGCAAAGUUGCUGAACAAGUUACCUCAUUGAGUGUGUCCAGUGGUGCAGAAAACAUUGUUUUAUCUAAUGCUUUGCUACUUUAGAGAAUAAACCAAAAUGUGCAGAGGAGAAGAUAGAAUGCACAUUCUGGUUUUUUUGUAAACCUUUUUUGUUUUGCUAAGCCCAAAGAUAACAUGUCAGCAUACAAGAUGUAGCAAAGCAUACAUGUAUAUUUAUAGAUAUUUAUACCAAUAUACCGUGUGUGUGCAUGCGUAUAUUAUAUACCACUUAAAUUUGUGAGCCAAACCUUAUUAUAAAAUCUAUUUACAUAGUUUGCUUCACCCUCCAAUGGGAUGAAUUAUCUCCAGUCCAUAUUGCUGUGCUAAAGACUUACAUGGCACAGUAUUUUUUCCUUAGUCCUGCAAACUGUUACUCACAAGCUACUUAUCCACAUAUUAUAUUAUAGAUUCCCACAGAAUUCUAUGUUGAUCCCCCUUAUUUUCUUGCUGAGGACUUUUGACUGUGGGGGAAAAAAACAGUGGAGAAAUUUUUGCUGAAAAAAAUAAAAGAAACUAAAUCUCACUCACCGAUGUAUGGUAUAAAUAUGAUACAGAAUGGUAAUUCAUUUUAUUGUAAAGUCUGUUGACUGGAUCAAUAAAUUGAUUCACUGAUAAAAUACAGAGUGGUAAAAAAUAGAAUGAGCUGUUUAAAUGUUCUGAGAAGUCUGCUGAAAUUUCCUCUGCUUCUUAAAAAGUUGCAUGAUCACAUAUAUUUAACAGGAAUAACAGCGUUAUUACACUUUUCUACUAUGUGUAUAUAUUCCUAUCUCAUCAGUCUCCAGGAAUUAGACCGUUUCAGAAAUGAUAUCAAUCUAAUGCUGCCUUGUUUAAAAUACCAAACAUAUAUCUGACCUAAAAAUAGCCCAAGGAAAAUCUUUUAAAUAUAGCUUUUGAAGGAAGGACUACAGUUCAUUACACUUCUGCUCCCGUAAAUUGUGAGGCAAACAUAUUUAAAUGUAGCAACUUUAGGAUAAACCAAAGUACCACUACUAUCACUGGACACACACUUGCUUUUGUUAAUUGCCUGUAGUGCUUUCUUGUAUUUGAUACAAAUUUUACAAAGAUUUAUAUGCAUCAGCUUUAAAAUUUGCUUCUCUGUCCUAUCUUCUCUCCGUUUAGGACCUUUACAUGUGAAUGUAGCAACGAUCAGUGUUUUUCUAAAGAACAGGCUCUGACCAAAGCUAACAGGCUUUUUACUUUGCUAGAACAAACUAUCUUAUGUUUACGUAUUUAUGUGCA